AUGGGGAGACAGGUGCCGAAGAUGUCGGCCAGGGUGGUCAACGCAAUCAGAAAUCUGCGAGAGGCGCACGGCUCCACGUCCAAGGAAAUUAUGAAUUAUAUCAUGUCACAAUACAGCGCGCCGGAAACGACCAUACAGCGACAGAUGCAAGCAGCGUUGAAACGGGGCCUGGACUACGGUAUCCUGAAGAAGAACAACGGCCACUACUUUCUGAACACGGACACGGACGUGGCGGAGCUGGCCUCGAGCAUGGCCCCCGUGGAAAGGAGCAGAAGACGAAGGAGCAGACGAAGAAAGUCACGAAGACGUAGCCGAGGAAGGAGGCGUAGGAGAGGUCGCAGAGGUCGUUCGCGACGAAGGCGGAGACGAAGCGGCAGGAGACGGGCUGCUACGACCAGACGGAUAGGAUGCACCAGGUGCAGGUGCACCAAACGAAGCAGAGACAUGCACGUCCUGAGGGACGAGCCGGUGGAACAACAAGAAGGACCGACCUGCGACUGCGAGAACGAAAUCAACCAGGAGCGUCAGAACAGACAGAGUAAGAGUCGAGAGCGUAGCCUGAGUCACAGUCGAUCAUCGGUGAACAGCGAUCGAGAUGGUGCGGACGAUCGACAGGAGAUUCCUGAUCAAGAUUAA